AUGGCGGCCAUCAAGGCGCUGCAGCAGUGGUGCCGACAGCAGUGCGAGGGCUACCGGGACGUGAGCAUCACCAACAUGACCACGUCGUUCCGCGACGGCCUGGCCUUCUGCGCCAUCCUGCACCGCCACCGGCCCGACCUCCUAGACUUUGAUGCUCUCAGGAAGGAAAACGUUUAUGAGAACAACAAACUGGCCUUCCACGUGGCUGAGGAGAAGCUGGGCAUCCCAGCCCUGCUGGACGCUGAGGACAUGGUGGCCCUGAAGGUGCCAGACCGGCUGAGCAUCCUGACCUAUGUGUCCCAGUACUAUAACUACUUCCACGGACGCUCCCCCAUUGGGGGCAUGGCUGGUAUCAAGAGACCCCCGUCAGACUCCGACGAGGAACCGUCCGGGAAGAAGGCCCCAUCCCAGCUGGCCAGGCCCUCACCCACUCCAGCCCAGCGGCAGCCACUGUCUCCAACCAGCACAAACCCCGCCGUCCAGCGGAAGGACAGGAACUCAGGGGGUCUCCUGCUGAAGACCGGCCAGGCCUCCGCGAGCGGCUCCGUCAGCAGCACCUGUGGGGUCUGCGGCAAGCACGUGCACCUCGUGCAGCGACACUUGGCUGACGGGGAGCUCUACCACCGGAGCUGCUUCAGGUGUAAACAAUGCUCCAGCACGCUGCACUCUGGGGCCUAUAGGCCCACCGGCGAGCCCGGCGUCUUCGUAUGUUCCAGCCACCACCCCGAGGCCGCCUCUGCAAGCCCCACGUGGCGGGGCCCGGCCCCCCGACAGCCAGGGGCCGUGCCCUCAGACUCCAAGCUGCCCAGUGCCCCAUGGAAGGCCCAGGAGGCAAAUGGGCUCCGAGACACAGGGCCAAAAGCCAGGCCAGAGGCCCGGGAGCCAGUGGUGAGCAACUCAGCUGCCAAAGGUGUCCCCACCCCAGCUCAUCCUCUGGCCCCUGCCUCCUCCCAUGUCCACGCGGGGAGCCCACCCGGGCCCAGGUUCUCGGCAGGCCUCCAGGGUGGCAAAGCCAGCAUGCAUGUGGACAACAGCUCCCCAGCAGGCUGGUCAUCGCUGGCCCGGGACACGGCAGCAGUCAGCCCCCGUCCUGCCCUGAAACCGAGUGCCCCGGACUCUCGCCCGGCCACCCUGCAAGGCCGGGUGACCCCCCAGGCAGCAGCCCCCCAGACCAAGGUCAGUGUGGGCCCAGCGUCUCCAGGCCCAGCAGACACCCCAGACUGGACCCCGUCAGCCUCCAAGAUACAGCAGGUCCGGGAGAGGUUCUUCCAGACUCCUGGAGCCGCCCCCAGCCCUGGCCCAGCUGGCAGGGCCCCAGCUCCUGCAGAUGCACCUUCUGCGGACAGCAGCAGGGAGCAGGCGCCGAGCUGCCUCCUGAAGGCCCUUCCCAGGCUUGGGGACACCGGUGCCCAGGCGCCUGACAGGCCCUCCCCUGCUCUGAAAUCCCAUACCAGAACCGAAGGGCCACAAGCAAGUCCAUCAGCCAAGCUGUCACGGGUGGCAUCCCCCCAGGCCCUUAGCCUCCCUGCGAGGACUGAGCUGCCAGCCCCCCUGAGAGUGGGCACCACCUCACGGGCAUCCACAUCGCCCCAGGCAGGCAGGAAGAGCCCGCCUGUAUCCUCAGGUGCCAGCGCCAAGCUGAAGCCAGAGGCCCCGCUGGCAAAGGGUGCGAUUGCCAGCCCCCAGGAAGGCCAGGAGGACGGGCCAGCAGGAUGGAGGGCCCGCCUGAAGCCCGUGGAGAAGAAAAGCCCUGCUGAGAGGUCAGAGCCUCGGAUGGGUGAGGCACCUGGGAGGGUCCGUGGGAGCUCCGAGGGGCCCGUCCGCGUCCCCCCGACCCCUCUUCAGCCUGACAGGACAGCGGGCACAGCUAGCCCUGGGCCCAGCCCCUCAGCCGCCUCCCCCUCCCCGUCCCCAUCCCACCGCAGGAAGCUGGCCGUCUCUGCCAGCCUGGACGUUUCUGCCAACUGGCUUCGUUCUGAGCCCUCGGGGCAGGAAGUCCCAGCCCAGAGCUGGAAGAAAGAGGAGAAAGGGAAGCUCUCUGCUCCGGACAAACCAGGGAGGCCCUUGGCCUCGGCUGGUGUCCCUGCUCCACCCGGCAAGGCAGUGACCAACCGUGCCAGGCUGCACCCUGACUACAUGCCCCCGGAAGAGAUCCAGAGGCACAUGGAGAACAUCGAGAGCCAGCUGGACGCCCUGGAGCUCAGGGGCGUGGAGCUGGAGAAGCGUCUUCGUGCCGCCGAGGGGGAUGCCUCUGAGGACGCCCUCAUGGUGGACUGGUUCCAGCUCAUCCACGAGAAGCAGCUACUGCUGCGGCAGGAGUUGGAGCUGAUGUACAAGGCCAGGGACCAGCGCCUGGUGGAGCAGCAGUUGGACCUGGAUGGGGAGCUGCGUCAGCUGAUGGCCAAGCCCAAGGGUCUGAAGUCCCUCCAGGACCAGCAGCGCGAGGAGGAUCUGCUGCGCCAGUACAUCAGCACGGUGGAGGACCGGAGCAACAUCGUGGACGUCCUGGAGGAGGACCGGCUCAGAGAGCAAGAGGAGGACGAGAUGCUGCAGAACAUGAUCCAGAGUCUGGACCUCCAGAAAAGCAGCGGGGACCAGAAGAAGAAGUCCAAGUUCAGCUUGUCCAGGGUCUGGUCCCUGAGGAGCAAAAGCAAGACCCCCGAGUGA